GAUUAUUUUUUUUUUCGGAUGAUGACGGCAACAGUAGAACAAACAAAUAAAGAAAAUGCUUUUGACCUACACCGGAGACAGGCAGGCUACAGCAGACUAAAUGACCUCGACAGUCCUGCGACAAAACCGAACGAGUGAGGAGAGAUGAUGGUAGUGAGUGUUCCUUCGCUGCUAUACGAUGAUGCUGAUUGCUGGUUUGCGCUCCGAACGGCGUCGCUGCGCGGGUCUUCCUCAGGCUUUCGAGCCGCGUUGAUUAAAACUUGAAGAAAAUCGAGAAUAGUGACCCAAUAUGACUAUCCCGAAAGACAUUCCCGAGAAGUGGUUCCCUCUCCUUCUUCCACUCAAAAGGAAGAAACAAGUGAGACUCAGUGCAGCUAAAGGGACAAGAAGCGGGACAGAGGAGGAGAGGAAGGUGAGGGCCAACGACAGGGAGUACAACGAAAAGUUCCAGUACGCGAAUAACUGCAUCAUGACCUCCAAGUACAACAUAAUCACCUUCCUCCCAGUCAAUCUCUUCGAGCAGUUCCAGGAAGUGGCCAACACAUACUUCCUUUUCCUGCUGAUACUGCAGUUGAUCCCUCAGAUCUCCUCCCUGUCCUGGUUCACCACCAUUGUGCCUUUAGUGUUGGUGUUGAGCAUCACUGCAGUGAAGGACGCAACUGACGAUUAUUUUCGUCACAAGAGUGACAACCAGGUGAACAAUCGCCAGUCUCAGGUCCUCAUCAACGGCACCCUUCAGAACGAAAAGUGGAUGAACGUGAGAGUGGGUGACAUCAUCAGGCUGGAAAACAACCAGUUUGUGGCAGCUGACCUGCUCCUGCUCUCCAGCAGCGAACCCCAUGGAUUAUGUUACAUCGAGACUGCAGAGCUGGACGGCGAGACCAACAUGAAGGUGCGUCAGUCACUUCCUGUCACCUCCGAGCUUGGGGAUCCCAACAGCCUGGCCCAGUUUGACGGCGAGGUGAUCUGCGAGCCGCCCAACAAUAAGCUGGACCGCUUCUGCGGCACGCUGUACUGGAGGGAGAACAAGUACGGCCUGAGCAACCAGAACAUGCUGCUGCGCGGCUGCGUGCUCCGCAACACCGAAAGCUGCUACGGCUUGGUCAUCUUUGCAGGUCCAGACACCAAACUGAUGCAAAACAGCGGCCGCACCAAGUUUAAGAGGACCAGCAUAGACAGGCUGAUGAACACACUGGUGCUCUGGAUCUUUGGUUUCCUGGUCUGCAUGGGUGUGAUCCUGGCCAUCGGGAACGCCGUGUGGGAGAAGGAGGUGGGCUUCCUGUUCCAGAGCUACCUGCCCUGGGACCCCCCUGUGGACAACUUCCUCUUCUCCGCCUUCCUGGCCUUCUGGUCGUACGUCAUCAUCCUCAACACCGUGGUGCCCAUCUCCCUCUACGUGAGCGUGGAGGUCAUCCGGCUGGGCCACAGCUACUUCAUCAACUGGGACCGUCGCAUGUUCUGCCAGCGCCGCAACACGCCGGCGGAGGCGCGCACCACCACGCUCAACGAGGAGCUGGGCCAGGUGGAGUACAUCUUCUCCGACAAGACCGGCACCCUCACGCAGAACAUCAUGACUUUCAACAAGUGCUCCAUCAAUGGCCAUGCCUACGGGGAGGUGAUUGACACUCUGGGAGCGCAGCCCAAGAGGGCCCAGCGGCUGGACUUCUCCUUCAACCCACUGGCCGACCGGGAUUUCUGCUUUUACGACCAGAACCUGCUGGACUCUGUAAAGCUGGGCGAGCCGGCGGUGCAUGAGUUCUUCCGCCUGCUGUCGCUGUGCCACACGGUCAUGAGCGAGGAGAAAAGCGAAGGGGAGCUGAUGUACAAGGCCCAGUCACCCGACGAGGGCGCCCUGGUCACGGCCGCCCGCAAUUUCGGCUUCGUGUUCCGCUCCCGCACCCCGAGUACGGUGACCGUUCAGGAGCUGGGCCGCUCUGUCACCUACGCGCUGCUGGCCAUCCUGGACUUCAACAACAUCCGCAAGAGGAUGUCCGUCAUCGUGCGGAACCCAGAGGGGAAGAUCCGGCUGUACUGCAAAGGUGCCGACACCCUGCUGUUCGAGCGACUGCACCCCUGUAACCAUGACCUCAUGAACGUGACCUCAGACCACCUCAAUGGACCUGUCGGAGCAGCAGUGGGAGGACUGGGCCGAGAGGCGCCGCAGCGCCGAGAGAGCCGCAGACUACAGGGAGGACCGGCUGGCGGCGGCGUACGAGGAGAUCGAGCAGGACAUGAUGCUGCUGGGAGCCACAGCCAUAGAAGACAAGCUGCAGGAGGGGGUGCCGGAGACCAUCGCCAUCUUGUCUCUCGCCAACAUCAAGAUCUGGGUCCUGACUGGAGAUAAGCAAGAGACGGCGGUGAACAUCGGCUAUUCCUGCAAGAUGCUGACGGACGACAUGAGCGAGGUGUUCAUCAUCAACGGGCACACAGUGCAAAGAGUGCGCGAGGAGCUGAGGCGUGCGAGAGAGCGGAUGAUCGAGUCGGCACGCU